AUGCAAGAACCUAUCGUCCGUUCCUUCUUGGACCAAAGUGAACCCCUGACCUGGCUCAAGCACCUCGAGCGUCGACAGCCUGAAGUACAGAAUCGACUACCUUGGCUCAUGACUGCACGUAUUGUCGAAGAGUACUGCAAGGCUCAUGCCAGAAAUGAUGCCGCUAUGGCCACUAUCCCGGAGGACUCCACUAUCACAGGCGACAUGUCCAUGUUGGACAAGUCACCGUCAUGGAACUCACAAAAUGUUGUGAGGUCUCGCCCAGUGUCCCUCUUAUCUCUGGAAGCGGCGAGAUCAAGGACUCAAUCUAGCCACGCGUAUGAUGUCUCGUUCGAGCCUUCCGUCGAGUCCAGACGACAUGCCCGCGGCAGCCAUUCCAUCCACAGCAUAAACGGUUCUUCGACUGGCCACAAGGCGGCGUACAUGGUCGACAGCCCCCGAAGCUCCCUCAGUAGUAUCAAUCUUCCUCGCCUACCCCCUCAUGGCCCAUCGCCCGGGCACUCGCCAUCAAACAGUCUUUCCCAUCGCCGUGACUUUGCGAAGCGCUUUAGCGGUCGCGGCCACGACAGUGACGACGGUCGUUCGUCAGCGAGAGAGUCCUUCGAACGCAGUUCGAUAUCAGAUGACGCUCAAAGCCGCCCUGUAUCGGGCCUACAUACCCAGAAGCAACCUAAAGCUAUCAUGCGUCCCUCUGCACUGCACGUGCCCAACCGAGAUACUGGUGACGACGAUGAAGGAGGGUCUCGGCAUGAUGUCAAAGCCGACGAAGAUUUGGAGACGGAGUUACCGGGAUCUUCGACUGCCAAACCGUUCCCCCUUGACACCGUGAAAGUUCGUCCACCGUUGGAGUACAGGAGAUCUCAGACGGAGCCGAACGCCGCUGUCCCAAGAGAGGGCACGUACCUCACGACGCCUCGAGCUAUGCGUAUCUCUUUACCAUCCUCUGACAAGCGCCCUCGGCUGGAGACGGUUCCCAGUCACCAGCGGGUUGCAAAUGAGGAGGGUGAGCGAGAGGCUUACGAGAAGAAGUCCCGACUGCUGGAAGACGUCUCAGCGCAGAACCACAGGUUGAGACAGUUGCUCAAGCGUGUUUCUGGUAUUGUCAAUGAAUACCAUGAUGUUCAAACUACCGUCGCAGGGCUAUCCAACGGGACCGCCAACUGGAUAUCGUCUGAUGUUGUGGACGCGUUCUCCCACGAUCCGGCAGCAGUCAGUGGCACAGCUCGCCGACUGAGGGGCUGGAAAGCCGUCGAGGAUAUUCAUCGUAGGAUCCAGCGCCAGCGUGAAGUACUCGACCUAUUUGCCCAAUCAGGCGCGGAUGAGCAAUCAUUGCUACCGGACAGCGGUCUAUUUGACCCGCCUGUCAAAGCCUUAGCCACCCUUCUGGAGCAGUUGGAAAGCGAGCGCAGCGACAUCAUGGCGAGGGCAGAAGAUGUCGCGAACUUGCUAUUGAGGGUCAAGGAAUCGCAUCAGCCCACGAAGCAGGAGUACAAUGAGACGUUGGCUCAUGUUUCCGUGGUCUACCCCGAGCUUUCCCAAAUCGCUGUCCUGGAGGAGAGCUACAAGGAUCAUUACCAACAGCUAUGGGAAUUUGGCAUGGACGUGCUGACCCUUAUCCUGGACACCGUGACACCUUUCUGGAGAUUCUACGGUCGAACCAUCGCUGACGACGUGCAAGCAUUCCUCGUGAUCCCGUGGUAUCGCAACGAAUACACCGGGGAGUCUAAGAGGUACCCAAUUGAACACUUGCCACGGCGGUCAUUUCGGCACUGGAUUGGUCUGCUCUUGUUCGGUAUCUCGAGCGUUAUGCUUGCUGCAGCGGAGGCGAAAGUUGCCAUCCUUGCAACCACUCGUUAUCGCAUUCCGUGGCUCGCUGAUUCCAGCUUACGGUGGUUGAUCAUCCCGUUUUUCUGGAUGGGAACUUUAGGAUUGUGGUUCGCGUUCCUGAUUCAAUGUUGUAUUGUUGGAUUGGAGGCUGGGGUGAUAGCCUGGUGGUUCGGAUGGUUAAUUCGAAUAUUCUCGUAA